GUUUUAAUAAGCCUACUGAAAACGCACUGGAAACGCAGGCUUGCAUAGUUGUUUUGCCGAAUUGGUAGAUUGAUCGGUUAUGAAACGGGAAUUGAAAAGAGAAAAGUUGAACGACAUAUUUGAUAAUAUUUUAGCUGGAAUUAAAUCUUAAUAUCAGUCAAAUACAAAUACAGUGAAAAUUAGCACUGCCAAAUGGAUAAAGCUGUCAGUUUACCGAAUCAACCUGACAAAUUAACCACAGUUACACUGGUGGAAACUAACAGCAAUCCAAAUGGACUGGAGCUGGUGAGCUCUUAUCACACCAACCGACUUGGAGAUCCCACGGACCUCGUCGCUCUGGCUCAGCAGGUUCAGAAGGGAGACCAAUUUGUCCGAGCGAACGCUUGCAACAGGUUGACCGUCAUUGCCGACCAAAUAAGAUACUUACAGGAGCAAGCAAGAAAGGUGUUAGAGGAUGCGAAGAGGGAUGCCGAUCUCCACCAUGCAGCCUGCAAUGUUGUGAAGAAGCCCGGAAACAUGUACUACCUGUACAUGCGCGAAUCUGGCCAGCGUUACUUCUCUAUCCUCUCCCCGAAGGAAUGGGGUCCUAGCUGUCCACACAAGUUCCUCGGUGCUUACAAAUUGCAGUACGACAUGUCCUGGACACCGCUGGAAGACGUCGAGAAACAGGAAGCUGAAAUCAGUGUGAUGGACAAACUCCUGAACAGUCAAACCGCUCUUCCGGCCAGUGCAGAGCUGAACUUUGACGGUCUUCCAAACUGAGCAUGUGUACAUAUACGACAUAAUCUGUUAACUGCAAAAAUAAAUAAAUAAAUAAAUACAUGCUUGCCCAUUUAAACACGUUUACAAGAAAUGAAGUAAUCGGAUAUACAUGUGUGAAUCAGUGGUCUGUAUUCUGUUUCUGUACUAAACCUACAGAAGAACGGACAUGCUUUAUUAUUUAUUUCAGGGGUUUGUAGUUGCAAUUGCACAUUAAUUCUGCCCUUCUUUGUGCCGUCUCAAGUUUGAAAGAGAUUUUUAGAGCGUUAAGCCAGAUUAACAGUAUACAUGCUUCGAAUCACCUGAUUUGAAACAAAAAUCCAUACUCUAUCGUAAUUCUAAUCCGAUCUAAAUGAGUGUCCUGUUCCGUUCGACUCGGAUUUUAAUUAUGAUGUUCGCAUUAGUGUUUGGUGAUGAGGGAUAAUACUGUAUAGCACAGUCAUGAAAGAAGCCAUUCACACCUUACGCAGGGAACUGUGUAAAAUGUUCUGUAAGGACAUUUUUUUUUGGAAAGAGUCUAAAGUGUCAGUGCUUUGUAACAUUUUGUUUUGGGGUUUUUUUUUUCAGUUCCAUAGUUCUAAGCUGUGUGACUUGUGGUCACCGAGCGUGAAAAUUUGUACGAUCUGCGAAAUCUUUUUUUUUUUUUUCAUUUUAAGAAUAAAAAUACAAGUGUGCGAUUCUA